CGAAGAGUGUUGAUAGAGGGGAAAUAAUCCAAUUCUAUUGUUCUUUCUCAGCACCGUCGUAGAUUCGCAAUUGCUCUCUUGCACAAUCUUCAAGCCUUCUUUCGGUCCUUUGUUGAGCCAUAGACUUGCAUUUCUUCGGAUAUAUUCCAAACCCCCCACCUUGACUCCUGUCAACAUCAUCAAACAGAACCUCCAACAUGGCCGACAUUAACGUUGACGUCCUUGUCAUCGGUGCUGGCCCAACGGGUCUUGGUGCCGCAAAGCGCCUCAACCAGAUCGACGGACCAUCGUGGUUGAUUGUUGACUCUAGCAGCAAGGCUGGCGGCCUUGCCUCUACAGAUAUCACCCCCGAGGGCUUUCUGUACGAUGUCGGCGGUCACGUUAUUUUCUCCCACUACAAGUACUUCGACGACUGCAUCAAUGAGGCUCUUCCCAAGGAGGAUGACUGGUUCACCCACGAACGAAUCUCCUAUGUCCGCUACAAGGGACUGUGGGUGCCGUAUCCCUUCCAAAACAAUAUCUCCAUGCUGCCUAAGGAAGAUCAAGUCACUUGCAUGGAAGGUCUGAUCGAUGCUGCUCUGGAACACCGUGUCACCAACACCAAGCCCAAGAACUUUGACGAGUGGAUCUUGCGCAACACUGGCGAGGGCAUUGCCAAUAUGUUCAUGCGACCCUACAACUAUAAGGUUUGGGCUGUUCCGACCACAGAUAUGCAAGCUGCGUGGCUUGGAGAGCGUGUUGCUGCCCCCAACGUCAAGCUCGUUACCAAGAACGUCAUCCUGAACAAGGUGGCCGGAAACUGGGGCCCCAACGCUACCUUCCGUUUCCCUGCUCGUGAUGGUACCGGUGGCAUCUGGAUUGCUGUCGCAGACACCCUCCCGGACGAGAAGAAGCGUUUCGGCAAGAAAGGUAAGGUGUCCAAGGUCAAUGCUGAGAAGAAGGUUGUCACCAUGACGGAUGGAACCACCAUUAGCUAUGAGAAGCUCAUCUCUACUAUGGCUGUGGACCAGCUCGUUGAGUCUAUGGGCAACAAGGAGCUAGUUGAUCUUAGCAAGGAUCUGUACUACUCGUCGACCCACGUUAUUGGUGUUGGUCUGCGUGGCGAACGACCUGACCGCAUUGGCGACAAGUGCUGGCUCUACUUCCCCGAGGACAACUGUCCCUUCUACCGUGCCACUAUCUUCUCCAACUAUUCUCCCUACAACCAACCCCAAGCUGAUGUUAAGCUCGCCACUCAGCAAUUGGGCGAUGGCAGCAAGCCCCAGAGCACCGAGGCUAAGGAAGGGCCCUACUGGUCUAUCAUGCUCGAGGUUUCGCAGUCAACCAAGAAGCCUGUUGACGAAGCCAACUUGCUUAAGGACUGUAUCCAGGGUCUAAUCAACACCGAGAUGAUCAAACCCGAGGACGAAAUUGUGUCUACAUACCAUCGCAAGUUCGACCACGGCUACCCAACACCCGCUCUUGAGCGUGAAGGAGUCUUAACCAAGCUGCUACCCAAGCUCCAGGACAUGGACAUCCUGUCCCGAGGCCGCUUUGGCAGCUGGAGAUACGAGGUCGGCAACCAGGACCACUCGUUCAUGUUGGGUGUUGAGGCUGCUGACCACAUUGUGAACGGAGCUGUGGAGUUAACGCUCAACUACCCUGACUUUGUGAACGGUCGCAAGAACGAGGAACGCCGCCUCAACCAAGGCCCCGUAGCAGCUAAGAAGGCUGGUUCUGCGAUCAAUGGUACGCAGGAACUCCCCAGCCACCCCCAAAAGUCGUCGAAGCAGGUCCAAUAGACUGGGUCUGACAGAAAUAGGUCACUGAGGUCUUUUGCGUUCGAUAUUUGACAGCGAGCCUCGUCUUUUUACGGAUGUUUUAGCUCAGCUAGAGAAGCGGGAGUUUACGGAUCACAUAGCCGUUGACAAUGUUCGAUAAAAUGGAAGGUUGUGCAUGCGAUGCAAUCAAUGAUGGAUGGCUUUAUUUUGAUUCUACGCGCUGGGAAAGCGAAACGCUGACUGAAAAGAGUAGACGGUCGCUGAUAUACAGAAUUAGACACAUAUAAACCUACGCUAGAGCUGGAUGACGAAGUGAUCGCCCUUAUCCACUCCGAUAUAUCUGCAGGGACAAACACGCAACAUAGGUGUUGAUAGUGCCAUAGGUCUGACUGAUGAAACUGUUUGCUACCAAACAAAACCCCCUUUCUAGCUGUUUGAAAUCGGCUACG